UUUUGGGCAGCUCGCCUCAAUCGUGUUUUUCAACACACCGUUCUCCUAGCUACAAGAGACAAUGAGUGAGACGUUGAUAAAUACAUCGAGAAUGUAGUUCAGAGGAAAAAUUUAUCAAUCCAAGUGCAAGGGGAUGGGGUGCAGUGAAUCCAAGCCAUCUCAAGGCAACGGGAGAGCCGAAGCUGAGGCAAUUAUUUCAUCCAAUGGAAACGGAUUGCAGGAGACAGAGCCGGCAAAAACCAAAGCAACGGAUAAUUCGCUACAAGACGUGAACCCAAUCCAAUUAAAUUCCACUCACGGAAGCGUUAAAAGACCUGAAGAGUCGAACAUUAUGAAACCACUGAGAGCAAGGCCAUCCGGUCUGGAAAACGCCUGGGGUAACACAAGAGUCGUAAAUGAAAACCUCGAAAAUACUUUCAACAAGCCGCAAGUACAAAAGGUGGACGACUUUGGCAGCGAAUAUGGAAAAGAUGGUGUUGAUUUAGCCUCAAGUCACGUCCAAAGCGGGCAGGAUGCUGAGAAAUUCGUCAGUAACUCGCUUGGUGCGCGAACAUCCCCCGAUGGUACAUACAGCGCUGAUUACAAUGAGAGACUGAACCAUGAACGCCCUGGUAUCCAUAAGAAAGAAUCAGAUGAAUCUUUCGAUCCGUCGAAAUUAAUAGAUAUUGAAAAAUUCAAAGCGGCAAAUGCCCCAGGAAAACAGGUGCAAACGACCACCGCAAAACCAGAAUUGUCAAAUUUUGACGUAUACCACAACGUUCUUGAUGUCUCAAGAAAAGCAGCCAGUAAUGAUGUAGAGAGGCCGCUAAACUAUAACGAAAUUUACGACGACGAUGAAAAGCAACUGAUUGCCAGCAUAGAGAAUGACUUUGAGACAGCUUUGCCAGGAUCUGUGUUCUAACAAAUAACCGUUCCCUCCUAGGUAAUGAACGGUAAUUUAUAACCGCGUAUUAAAGAUACACGUAAUUUACUACGCCAAGAAACUCACUCAUUUUGGAUGAAAUUACCAUUUAAGCUCCAAAAAAAAUCUCAUUGAAUCAGUGUAAUGACUUAAGGGAUUUUCAUCAAAUUGUUAUUGUGGCCAAGACUGUUUUUAUAGCGAUUAGUUCGGUUUUACUCAUCCUCACGACCAACGAUAUUCUGUUUUCUUAUGUUUAAUUUUUGUUUGUUUUUCAAUAGAAAUUCAAAAGUAGAGAAACAGCUCGAUUCUCCUGGAAGUCACUUCCGUGAAGCUGCGUUUCUUUUAGCUUUACGAAGUUAUUUUUGAAUGCGAUAGGAUAAAGUCAUGUUUUCAGUUUCACAUCUCCAUUCUAUGGUUUCAGAUCCCCGGAUUUUACGGGCGUUUCACCCUGAUGCAUCAACGAA